AAUAUUGCAGUUUUUUAGAUUCCACAGUUACUAGAUCAAUCACUAAUGACAUUAAGAUGCGUUAUACUGCUCCAUGGAAAACUUGGUCAGAAAUACCUUUAAAGACAAAAGACGAGCUCUUCGGACUUUUUCGGAGUCGAUAUGCAUGGGAUGAGAGUGAAGAAGGUAUGGUUCGAAUUGCUUGGGAAAAGGUAGGUAAAGAAAGACUGCGAGACAUUCUUAAUAGAGUUAGGAGCGAAUUAUUGCGCAAGAACAAGAAGACAGAUGUUGCUUAUCUAUACAAUUUAGGACCAGAUUGGAUGGAGGCAGAGAUAUGGAAUGAACUUGUUGCAUAUUGGAGUACACCAGAGUGGAGAAAGAAAUCAGAAGCUGGUAAAGCAAAUAGAAACGUAGAAAAAGAUGGGACUAUUACGAAACACUCUGGUGGUUCAAUAAAAUUGGAGGUUCAUGAGAAUAGAUUGGUAUAACUCUUUUAUUUCUUACUUUUAUUUAUACAAUUCUAUUUUUAUAUAUAUGGUUAGAAAUUAUUCGUGCAUCUUGUGUUGUGUGAUUAUUUCUUUUU